UCUGAGCAGAAUGGUCCCAGUAGCUGCAGGUUGUUUUUUAGCACCAUGGUCAGCGACACAGUUGCUAGGUAGCUACCCUGUGUUUGUACAUCUGCAAGUUAGAGGGGUUCUAGCUAACUCUGAUUUAUAAAAUUAAACCACUGUGUGAGAAUAAUAGCACAUUAUAGUGAUAUAAUAUUUAUAUGUUUUUAUUUUUUUUGUAACGGAUGAAUUAACUUGUAAUAGAUAUAUUAUUACAUCCCAUAGUAGUGCCUGAAUGCCACCUAAAUGAAAGCUUUUGUUCCACUCCCCCCCUUCAUUCGUGCCGAAUGGUUUUGCCCAUGGUCUCGCUCCAGUACUCUCAGCACACAGGAGGAACUGCAAUUUUUGCAGAUUUUCUUGUCUUUAAAUCAUUGUCAGAAUCCAGCUGUAAAAGCGGUGUACAAUAUAAACACUCAGUAGUCUUCGUGGUACUUCUGGCAGUGGGCUGCUUCUCACAAAUAGGCCCCAGAGCCUCUCCGUCGUCCGAAUGAGACCAGCCGGAGAGCUGCUCUGUCAGCGCCUGGAAGAAACAAGGAUUUCCCACCCCCUAUGGUCCACCCCUCCUCCAUCUCCUCUUGGGGCUCUAAAUAAGCUUGGAUUGUACAGCUCCUUCAGGAGUCCUCCCCCUCUUACACCUUCCCACCAUCGCCACGUUCUCUAAGUCCCCGUGCUCAAAGACUCCACUGCUAAUGCUGCUGAAGGGGGCUGCAGAGAUGCUCAGAUGAUCCAUCGGGCUGUUCUGAACCACAUUGUCCACACUGCCCUGGACAGAGAAGAGUAAUUAGUGUGGGAGACCCCCUUGGAGGGUGCUGUAGCACCCCGUGCAGCCUGCCCGCCUAGCUUGGCAAAAAGCUUAGCUUACCCCUUCACUCUUGUACCCCCUGAGAUGCCCUCCCCUCCAAAUGAUGGAGAGGAUCAAGGAGCAUCCCCCGUGAACGUGCCAUCUUCAGGUUCCUACCAGAGCAGCGGGAAGAGGAAGAUGCAUUCAAAAAAGAAGAAAGGCACCAUUUGUGCCAACGUCGCUGGCACUAAAUAUGAGAUUGUUCGCAUAGUCAUCAAUGAGAUGGACUUCAUCAAGGCACGUGAUGAUGAUGAGACUGCCAACCUCAUUUGGAACGACUCAGCGGUGCAGCAUGAAAAGAUUGCUGAGCUCAGGAACUAUCAGAGAAUAAACCAUUUCCCUGGCAUGGGUGAAAUUUGCCGGAAAGACUGCCUCGCGAGAAACAUGUCCAAAAUGAUCAAGUGCCAGCCUCAAGAGUACAGCUUCAUACCCAAAACCUGGAUCUUCCCCGCUGAAUACACUCAGUUACAGAAUUAUGUGAAAGAGCUACGCAGAAAACGCAAGCAAAAGACAUUUAUAGUCAAGCCUUCCAACGGGGCCAUGGGCCACGGGAUCUGGCUUAUCCGAAACUGUGAGAAGCUUCCUGCCCAGGAGCACUUUAUUGUCCAGGAGUACCUGGACAAGCCUUUUCUGAUGGAGGGCUACAAGUUUGACCUGCGCAUCUACAUCCUGGUCACUUCCUGCGACCCGCUUCGCAUUUUCCUUUACAACGACGGCCUGGUUCGCAUGGGCACGGAAAAGUACCAUGCGCCCAGUGAGGCCAACCUGAGCCAGCUCUAUAUGCACCUUACCAACUAUUCAGUCAACAAACAUAACGAGAACUUUGAGCGAGAUGAAACGGUGGACAAAGGCAGUAAAAGAUCCAUCAGCUGGUUCACUCAGUUCCUUCGGAGCAAUGACUAUGAUGUGGCCAAGUUCUGGGGGGACAUCUCGGAACUGGUGGUGAAAACGCUGAUAGUUGCUGAGCCCCACGUGCUGCACGCCUACCGAAUGUGCCGCCCCGGCCAGCCACCAGGGAGCGACAGCGUCUGCUUUGAGGUCCUGGGUUUUGACAUCAUUCUGGACCACAAACUCAAACCCUGGCUGUUGGAGAUCAAUCGAGCUCCGAGCUUUGCGACCGAUCAGAAGAUUGAUUACGACGUGAAGAAAGGGGCUCUGCUCAAUGCUCUAAAACUCCUAAACAUUAGGGCUAGUGAUAAGAAACGUAACCUAGCGCAGCAGAAGGCUGAGGCUCAGAGACGGCUCUACGGACACGGAUCUAUGAAGAAACUUUCAGCGGCUUCCUCGGACUGGGAGAAACAACGUCACACGCUGGAACGAAGAAGAGAAGAGCUGAAAGAGCAACUCGCUCAGGUUCGCAAGCAGUUUUCCAGGGAGCAACACGAAAAGCAACAUCUGGGGAAUUACAGACGUAUUUACCCCCCAGACGACAAGCUGCUGUUGGAAAAGUAUGAAAGCCUGCUCUCGGCCGCCUUUCAGACCUUCCUCGCUGGGCGAGCAGCCUCACUUCAAAAGGAAAUGAAUAAUCCUCUGAAACGAAUGAAGGAGGAAGACAUACUGGAUCUCCUGGAACAAUGUGAACUGGAUGAUGAGAAGCUUAUGGGCAAAUCCUCCAGGCAACGAGGCCCAAAGUCUUUAAGCGCCAUGCCAGAAUGCAGUCAGACGCCGAGGCGCCAACGACCGGACUACCUGGCUGAUUUCACCAGCUGCAGCAGUGUCGACAAUUCCUGCUCCUCUUCAGAUGAAGAGAUGGACGAGAGGAGGAAAACAGAAGGAGGUCGAGAGAAAAGAGGCGAGAAGAAGGUUUCCUAUGAUCUUGGCGAGAGCAAAGAGAAGAACUUUGUCGAGCGCUCAGGUCGCAUGCACUGGAAACCGUCAGUCAAGCCGUUCAAAAACAACACCGCUCCCUCUGUGUCGCCAACACUUUCUGGUCCAAUCAGACGCUCCAUUUCCUGCCCCCGCUCGAUAGCUUCCCUCUCAUCUCCCAGUGAGGUGCGAGCGUUGUCCAGCAGGCCCCCUCCCAUGGUCCCCAUAGCCACGCCCUUCAUCCGACCAGGCUCUGCAAUGCUGCGUUCUCAUUCACUGAGCCGGAGUGGCUAUGCCCCACGGGUACCUCACAGCAACAGCCUGGGGACCAUCCACUCCAAUAUAGGCGAUUCUCUGAUUCACUUGAGGAGUAAAGAACAGGAGGCUGAUCUGGUGCGUCAGACAUUGGCAGCGCUCACCGCCAUGCGGAUCAGAUUUCCAGGGAAAACCGAAGAGGAGGCCGAGGCUGUCCUGGAUGAGAUCCUUGACAACUGGAGAUACCAUAAACCAAAGGUGGCCUCUUAUUGGCUAGUCAAGCUGGACUCAACCAAACAAAGAAAGGUUUUGGAUAUCGUCCGCACUAAUGUCCGCUUAGCUCUGCAGCGGAUCUGGAGGGAGCCUGAUGUUGAGAGUCUCCACCUCUAUCGACUUUUUAACCGCGUUUUCAACAGGCUGCUGUGGAGUCACGGCCAGGGGCUGUGGAACUGCUUCUCCAACACCGGUUCAUCGUGGGAGACCAUCUUUAGCAAGAGCAGUGAGGUGGCAUCACCGCAGGAGCUGCAGUGCUGCCGCCGGCUGGUCCAGCUGUGCCGAGACUGCCUGUUGGUCGUCUACAAGUUUGUGUCUGAGUCCCGCGGCUCUUUGAGUGGACUCAGCCCUGAGUGGGAUGACACCAGCUUACCAUUUGCUGCUGGACCGGCCUCUACCCAUGGCUCCACUCCUGCUGCUGCUGCUUCCUCUUCUACCGUCUCUUCGCCCCCCGAUGCAGGUACUGGAACGCUGUUAGCAGGAGCUGCCUCACUGCUCUGUCUCGGUGGAAGGUGUCAUAGGAAGGUCCUGGAAAGAUACUGACGUCUAUGCCUUGGAAUGAUAGGUACAUGCUGCCAGUGACCUCCCAGUUCAUCAUCAAAUGGCCUUCGUCCAGUUCUGGCCACAUCUCCUCAGCCGUGCCAUGUUCCCGCAGCCUUUUGGCUGCCAGGACGGACCACUUCUGAGGUCACCAUGGUAGACCAACCCUGGCUACUGACACCUUACCUUUUGACCUCAACCCCCAUGCUCUCUGGCCAACCCAGAUUAAUAAUCCUGGUAUGGAUCUGAAUUUGGUGCAGCUAUUGACUCCAGAUGGGGUUUCAACCUUGCCCAGUCGCCUUUUGGAAGAUCAGCAAACCACUAUUGGAUGGUUUUGGUUCUGAAAGGUUGUUUAGUUUAUUUUAGUUUGCCCCAUUCAGACCAGCAGACAACAGAAAUCCUCUACCCCAACCAACCCCCUAACUUAUUGUUAUUUUAUAUGCUGUGUCAUACUUCACUGUACAGCUACAAGUCACAGUACUGUAAAAGAAAAAAUUAACUAAUAUCUAACAAUGCAAGGUUUAUUUAUUUAUUUAUUUAUUAACAUAUUUCAUUUAUGCACUAAAUGCUGGUGUAAAAUGCAGAAAUGGAGUUUUAUCAGCAAAGUGGAUUUUAAAAGAUUAUUUUUGAAGUUAUUUUGUGUCUGUAUAAUAAUGUUGAUUUCAUACUUAUAUUCAAAGGCUUUAUGUUAUUAACAGUGACUUUAUUCUUGUUUUAAUUUCUGAACAAUUGUAAAAGAGGAGAGCCCCAGGCAACGCGAUAUGUUGAACUUUUGAAUGCCGAAUGCUUCUUUUUUAAAAAUCUUGUGCGACACUUUUAAGUGGACCACUGUUAAGGCGACACAUUUCUUGAAUGUCAGCGUAGUGAAGCCAAGCCUCUUUGCCUCUUAAAGCUUGGGCUGAAUUUAAUGCCACAAUGUAAAGAGCCAAACCUCUCACUCGUUUCUGAUAUGCACUUUGCAGUUUGUUGCAAAAAAGAGAACGUGGCUGCACAUUAGUAGAUUAUGCAUGCGUAGACGUUAGUUUGUUUAGAUGAAGUGCUUAGACAGAGAGUCUGUUUGGAGCAUACUUGAAGAUUUACGUUUCCACUGAUCAUUUUGUUUCUGCAAAGACGGCUCUUCCAUGUUAGAUUUGUCUUGUUUAAGGACUGAAGUCUACUGCUAUAUGUGUGAUGAUUCAGAGAUUGUUUAGCACGCGGGAUGAUUUGCUCGAUCCAUGCUGUACUUUAACAGCAGUGACUUGCCUGGGAUGAGCUGCUGCAGCCUUUGUUUCCCCCCCACUGCACUACAGGUUCAAGUGCCGGGAAAUGAUCGAUGUGCCAAUAAUACGCACAUCUACCGCUCAUAUUCAACUGGUUAUUAUUUUUAAGAAUUUCAUGUCGGUACUUAUAGUUUAUUUAUUGCGUGUUGAUAGGAAACAAACACAGUGUUGUGUGUUUAGCAGUAACUUUGUGUGUUCAGACUUUAAAAAUAACAGUUGGUGCAACAUAUGAGAUCCUGGACUUAAGAACUACUUAAACUCAAAAGUGAAGCAGCCACACUGUUCUAAAAUGUCUCAAACUGAUGUGUCACUAUGUUUAGUUUUUUUUUUCCACCAUGCCAAAAAUGUUCUUUUUGCCUAAUUUCUCUUAUUUAGGAGUAGAACUUCUUCUUUGGUGAUGCGGGGAUUUUUUAUUUUACAUAGCAAUAAAAAGUUUAACAAUUUCUCGUCAAA